AUGAGUGAACCGCAAAGAACAGGAAGUCAAGGGCACUCGAGAAACAAGUCCAUCACCAAGACUCGACCGAGAUCUUCUACGAAAGGACCUCUCGAUGUUGAUGACGACCCGCUACUCUCACCACCUCAACCUGCACCUAAGCGUACAUCCUCUCUCACACAGCGCAACAGACUCUCAUCACCACAUCCACGCUCAUCUACAGGAACACCAGUUUCGCAACUAGGCGAAACAAAACCAAAGGACUUCUCAUUCCUCCUGCGACCAGAGAUCUACCACCCUCUUACCCCUCUUAAUGUCCCUGUCGCAUUCCGCAACCCUCAGAAACAGCCCAACCCUGAAGCGCCUAUCGAGGAACUCCUCGCCAAUGGGCACUUCAGAGCGGCAGCGAUAGCUGCUGUCCAAGAGCUCACGGGAUCUGGAGCAAGCGGGGGCAUCAACCCAACCGACUCCAAGAAGAUUUUUGAGCUGCUUUACACCCGCCUAGCAUGCCUGACUCUGAUCGAUGCGACUCCCCUGGCCGCCCAGGAGGUGAAAGCCAUGGAAGAUCUCAACGAUAUCAGAAGGUAUGUGGACGAGACAACAGGUGAGCACCUGGUGCCUUGGGAACUCCGAAUUCUCAAUGUGCGCCUUCAAUCACUAGGCUUUGGUGAUUAUCGCAGAGCUGUCAUGAGCUACCACGACCUCGCUCGCGAAGCACGAGAGCGCAUCACCAAAGCAGCAGCCCAACACGACAACUCAGCGCGAGAGCUCUGGAAAGCCCGUCUCCAUGAUCUUGGUAUUCAAGUUGCAGGCGCUCUGAUCGAGCUUGAGGACUUAACAGGUGCCGCUCAGCAUCUGAGUACCCUGCGGGAUCGGGGUGAUGGCAAGAUGGCGCUUACGAAAGCUCUCCUAUGGCUGCACCUGGGCGAUGUUGAGAGCGCGAGAGCUUGCGCACGCCUAGCUGUGGAAAACGACGAGAAUGCUGAAAAGCUUAUCCUAGCGCUUUGCGACAUGGCGGACUCUGAGUACGAAAGUGCGCUUGAGGCGUGGAAGGAGCUCAAAGAAACUAUGGAUGACGAGAUGGUCGGUGUCAACACAGCGGUGUGCUUGUUAUACUUGGGAAGAAUACAGGAGGGACGAGCGGUUCUGGAAGGACUUGUAGAUUCAGGUCUAUCGUCGCAUACACUGCUUUUCAACCUGUCGACCAUGUACGAGCUAUGUACUGAGAGGCAUAAGAAUAUGAAGAUCAAGUUGACGGAGAGGGUAGCUGGUAUGGAGGCAUCUGCGGCAGGAUGGGAAAAGACAAACAGCGACUUCAAGCUAUAG